AUGGGCCUUGCCCUUUUUGCUGGAUGCUUUUUGUUUUCUGUUCUAGCCGCUGCUAAUGUGAACCCCGAAGAUCUGUCUGUCAGUGAGAUUGAGGAGCAACUGCAGAGCUGUGCCCUUGUGGAGUCUCUGAAUGAAUAUAAACGCGCCACCACUCCCCAGACACCUAGCUUUACUGCCAAAAUAUUCUCCGUUCUCUUCCCAGGGAGCCCAGCUGUUAACGCGCUCUUGGCCACGGCUUAUAUCUCUGGUCCUCCCAAUUUUCUCCUAGCACUAUGCCCUCCCAAUAUCGAUCCCUCGUCGCUGUCGGUCAUGGUUGCCUUCGCAGUGGGUGGACUAUUGGGUGACACAUUGUUCCACCUGCUCCCAGAGAUUUUCUUGGGUGAAAGUUCUCCAGAUCAUGUCAGCUUUGUAAUGGUCGAACCGAACAAGAAUCUCCUCCUCGGUCUCGGCAUCAUGGUCGGCUUCUUCACUUUUGUUGCAAUGGACAAGACCCUGCGCAUCGCAACAGGGGGCGAGGGUGGCCAUGACCACUCGCACAGCCAUGCGCACGCCGACACAGCAACCGCAUCUACAACUAGUGCUACUGUCAAUCAAUCCACUGGUGAGCUGAAGCAGCGCAAGAGAGCUCAACCUACCCAGGAAACUCUUACCUCAACGCCAGAGAAGGAGAUCAAUCCUAGCGUCAAGCUGGGCGGGUACUUGAACCUCAUUGCUGACUUCACUCACAACAUCACUGAUGGCCUGGCCCUAUCUUCGUCUUUCUAUGCGUCGCCUACUAUCGGCGCCACUACCACUGUCGCCGUGUUCUUCCACGAAAUCCCCCAUGAGGUUGGUGACUUCGCUCUGCUGAUCCAGUCCGGGUUUUCGAAGAGAAAGGCCAUGGGUGCGCAAUUUGUUACUGCAAUUGGUGCGUUCCUCGGUACUCUUAUUGGAAUUGCUGUCCAGGAGUUCGGCGGUAAUGGGACCAUGGUUGAAGACGGUGCUGCUUCCGGACUCUUGGGCACAAGCCUUACCUGGGGUGAUAUGCUCCUUCCCUUCACUGCAGGAACAUUCCUGUAUGUUGGCACUGUUGCUGUCAUCCCGGAGUUGCUAGAGACUGGCAAAGAUAAGGGUGCCGAGAUUCGACAGACUAUCACCCAGUUUUUGGCUGUUGCUGUCGGAGCAGGGAUCAUGCUUUUGAUCUCUUGGGAUUGA